AUGUAUGGCACCAGUACCUUCGAAGAAGACGCGAGGCGCGGAAGGACGGACGCAUUGCGGGACCUGGGGAGGGCCAUCACAAGGGACAACUACACAACUCGCAUUCUAGACGCAAUCCUCCCCCAUUUUCAACCUGAGCUCCUCCCUGGGUCUUACCCGGAGGCUGAGGGGAGAGGAAAGGAUGUCAACUUCCAGGCAGCCCUGUUCUCGUGUCUGGGCGGGUCAAUCAUUUCCUGCGAUAGGAGUACGCCUCUCAGAACGGCUACUAUCGAUAAACUUGUUCCAAACCUUGAUGGGAUAUUCUCGUGGUUUCUGUUUUAUUUGGCCUCUGCGACUCAGGUUUUCCAGCCAGCGGGGUUGGAACGAGCGAUACACACCAUCACUUGGACGAUCUACCGGAUCGCCGAGCUGGUACCGGAGGAGCACGUUCUCUUCUCGCCCAAGGUGAUCAAGGUCCUUGUGGUGAUUUGGUGCACCCGCCGCAAGGACACACGCCAACCCUACUGCUAUAUCGAUCCAGAGCGGUGUGGGACCGUCGCUAUGAUGUCGCAGUUCUCUGAGAAUCCGGAUGCGUGGUCGACGCUCAUGGAUCAAGUGGUCUCCUCGCAGGAGCACCUCGACGACUUUUGUACCGCGUUCUUGCAGCGGAUCGAUCAGGUCCCGAGUCUCUACCAACCCCGUGGAUUUCCCCUCGAAUAUGUUGGCGCCCAUGCAGCUUUGCUCCUCGACAUCGCCUCGAAGCUCGUCAAGAUUCGCGCCAUUCAUCAGAAGCUGAGAGAGCAAGGUCUGCUCCGUCGAAUCGUUCAAGCGAUUGUACCACUUUGUCCGGAUGCGUCGCCGGAUGCUAUCUUCACCUUGUCAUUCCUCGCCUUUCGUCUGUCGUAUCAGCCUUUUGCGGAUCCAGUGAAGGGAGUAGCGGAGGUGGUCAAGGCGGGGAUUAUGCCGGUUAUGUUCGAGGGCCUUCAGCGUGUGGGAUUUGGGGGUUCGGACUCGAGAUCGAAGAUUGUGGAAGCGGGGAAGGUGUUCCGAGCACUGAGCGCGUUCACGUUCUAUCCAAGGACUGUGAAGGCGUUUAGGACUGUUGUGGAAGCGACUCCUCAGACGCACCCUCAAGAAAUAACGACCGAACUCGUCCUGCCCAAGGCGUGUUCAGGCUGCCACACGGUUGUGUACUGCAGUGAAAAAUGUCAAAAGGCGGACUGGGAAAGCAGGCAUAAGGACGAAUGCAAUGUGAUGAAGCAUGGUCAUAUGAUCCGAAAACAAAAUGGAGUUGGCUACUCGCACAACACCCGAGCGUUCCACACUCUCCAAUCGUCGUUCACGUUCAACAACUUAGGUCCUGAGGUGGACGGGACGAUCGCUCGCAGUUUCCCUCAAUUCGGUCGUCAUGAUUUGAUCGCUCUUAUCGGCAGAAGUCGAGGAGUGAGCUCGAAGACGGUGAUGAACAUCGUGACGAUUGACGAGUACAUGAGGGAUAGAAGGAGUACGGUGGUGCCCGACUGUCCGGCUAUGGAGGCGAGGGCGACGAAGAUCAUUGAAGAGUAUCGAGCGAAGAGGUCGAGCAGGAAUAUGUUGGUUGAAGGGACGUUUGAUUAUAGUCCCAUGUAUAGGGUCAAUGUGCUUCUUGAAGUCGAGUUUACGGGGGAUUUGGAGAAUGUUUAUAGGACUGCGUUAAGAUUCGACCGCGAGAUUCUUGGUGUCGAUCAUCAUGGACCGAGGACGUCGAUCUUCUUGGACAGGGCUCAUGACCCUGACACCUCGUUAGCGUUCUAA